AUGAAAAAGUGCCGUUGGUGUGACAUCAUUUUCAACAGCAGAACCAGGGAGACAUCGACAAACAAGGAACUCGAGUGUCUGCAAAUCAGGAAGCUCCAGCUGAGAGGAGCUGAGCUGGAAGCCGAGGUGCAGACAUUGCGCUCCAUCAAGGACAGUGAGGGGUUCCUGGACAGUGUGAUGGAGGAAACCAUCACUCCCCUGGGGCUCGGGAGAUGCUUGCAUCGGGUUAAUGGUCAGGAACAGGAUAGUUUUAUCAGUCCAGCAGAUAAUGAGACCCCUGAGAGAGUGGUGAUGGAGCCUUGGGCUUCAAACUUGUACAACGGAUGUGAGGAUUUGAUGGACCAGACACUUCAGGAGAUGGUCACCCCACAGUCACCGGGGGUUCAGAGGAGUGUUGAUAUCUCCAGGGAGGACAGUAAAAACAGAUUGGUUGAACAGCGGGACAUAGAAUGGGUGGAUAAAAUUCUUCAGGAGGAAAGGGAACAUCCAGAAGUGGUGAUCCAGGUUGUGAUCCAUGAUAUUGAGGCUGUUGCCAUGUCCUUGAGCUCUCCAGCCCUGCAACUGGGGUCUCCAGCGUCCCGCAGUUCCCCGGUGGAGGUCCGAGGGGAUGGGCGCCCGCCACGAUUCCGCAGGAGGGUCAGCAGUGCAGAGACCGAGGACAUUCAGAGCAACAGUGAUCAGCAAAAUUCCUAUGACCAGAAUGAGACCAACGAUGAUUCCCUGGAAUAUAAUGAAUGGAUCCCCCCAGAGUCCAGCACCAUCCAGAAAAUUAUCUCCCAGAUUGAGUUCUAUCUCUCUGACGACAAUCUUGCCGUAGACAGCUUUUUACUGAAACACAUGAAGAGGAAUAAAAUGGGUUACAUCAGCAUUAAGCUUCUCACCUCAUUCAAAAAGGUGAAGUGUUUAACUAAGGACUGGAAGGUAACUAGUUAUGCUCUUAAUCAUUCCAAAUUACUGGAGGUAAAUCAAGAGGGAACAAAGGUUCGGCGUAAAAAUGCCAUCCCCGAGGCUCUCCUCGCUGUCUCCCCCAGUAAGCGUGUGCUGGCCUGGAACCUGCACAAGGCAGCGUCGGAAGGUGAUGGGCCAACACAGAACCAAAGCAAUGUCAUGGAGACGGCCAUGAAGAUUUUUGCUGCUUUUGGUGCAAUCAGCUUUGUACGCGUCUUGCAACCAGGCAGGGAAAUUCCCGCUGAACUGAAAAAAUACACUUUUAAGUAUCCGGAGGUGGGGACCAAGGUUUGUGUGCUUGUGGAGUACGAAUGCUAUGAAGGGGCCAAAAAUGCCUAUGAGGAACUGGGCCAGAAACGCUGCAGAAAAGGGGAGGAUCUGAAGGUCGUCAUACUGACGGGGAGAGGAACCAAAAAAAUCCAAGCAGAUCACAGUGAAUUGGAAGACUUGAAACCAAAAAAGCCAUCAAGAAGACUCACCAAGAUUGAGAGGUUGCAGUAUGCUGUGGAGGAGACGGCCAUCUACAGCUCUUCUGAAUCUGAUGGAGCUGGUUCCCCUGCCUCGGUUCAGAGAUACCUUCAGUCCAAGUUGAGUGAUUCCUAUAAUUCCACACCCAGUCCCAGCACAGCUUGUAGCUCUCAUUCCUGGAGCGACCACCACUGCAGCCCUGGGGGUUCUCGCAGAAGCCUGGGAGCUCACAAUCCUUCACCCCUAACCACAGACCUGGUUGGGCCAGGAAUAUGGUCAAGUCCAGGCACAAGUCCCGAAUUCACCAGGAAAUUCCAUGACUACUCCUCUGACAGUGGAAACUGCUCUGGCUGUAGCCCGUGGGUACAUCGCCGCCGUAUGGCUGCCGGUCAUGCCACUGCUCUGGAAACCGGCCAAACACCAUUUAGACUGUCCAUGGGUAAGAAGCCUCCAAACAGCAUUGGCCUCCCUCCUGGGGUGGCUCGGCUGCCCAUUGGACCAGAUGGCACCAGAGGGUUUUACAACAGCAUUGGCAGAGGGAGAGUGGUUCUGAGGCAUUGAACUGUUGUAACUGAUACCUUUCACUGUUGGACCAUCCCCAAAGAGAAAAUGUGUGCAUUCACUUCUAUCUUUGUUUCAAA